GUUUAGUGGUUUUUCAUAUGUAGACGGUGCAGAAUAUAAAAUAAUGUUUCCAGUUUUUGAUAUCUUCGAAGGUGAAGCAUGACGGUCUAGCUAUCAUAUCCUCUUCUUUUCUAACAGCAACUACUACUUUCAAGGGCGAACAGCGGCAAACAUUCAAAUAUGUUUACACUGUUGUUUCCUGUUUACAUUUUGUUGCUUUUGUACGAGAAUGAAAUAUUGGCGAUUCGAUGUUAUCAGUGCGAUAGCAAUGAAGAUGAUUCGUGUCCAGCCGGAAGGUUUUUUGAUACGAGACUUAAUGCAAUGAUAGAUUGUGGUAGCUUUUUGUCACACUCACCUGGAACAUUUUGUGUAAAAAUUUAUCAAGAAAGCACUGGUUGGCAUUCAUGGAUAAAAGUCACACGGACAUGUGGUGCACGAACUGACUAUGGUUUAGCCUGGAGUUGUCGUUACUGGUUUGAAGCACAAGGUGUUUAUAAAGAAGUUUGCUACUGUCAAGAUAGAGAUGGUUGUAAUAAAGCAACAACACGAUUCAUGAAUAACAAACUUUCUUUUCAAGUUAUUUUAUUCUUGACACAAUUUUUAUGUUUUAUUUUAUCAACGAAAUCGAUUUUUUUAUAGAUAACCCUUUAUUAAGCUGUUUAAACUCUAUAUUGUAUAAAAUAGCAUUUUGUUCUUAUUUUACUGUAGAGAUUUCAGUUUGUUAGACUUCAGAACAUUUAAUACAUGUAUAGAAACUGUAAAUCAA